AUGACGGACCAACAAGGCGAGCUCACAAGCAGCUGGAAGUACACGCUGACCGGAUUCGGCGAGUUCCUCGAGAUGCGUCGGGUCGCCUUCGCCGAGCCGAUGCCGCCCACUCAUCUCUGCGACGUCUGCGGCAUGCUGCCUAGCCGCACGUUGCUGCUGCCGUGCGAUCACGUUUUGUGCGAUAGCUGCAGGGAUCAGCUACCGCAAGGAAACGACUGCUGCUGCCCGUUCGACGGGAGCAAGUUCGUCGACUCCGACGUUCACCCGAUGACCAUCGAGUGGUGCGAGCUCGAGCAACGCCGCAUCGUGUGCUCUGCAGGAUCCCAAGUGUGCGGCUUCUCCGGCAAACUGUGCGAGCUCGCAGAUCACCUGACUCGCUGCGGUGGCGGAAAGAUUAAGUGCUGCAAGUGCGAUCGACCCGUGUUUCGCGGCCAUGCCGUGAAUCACUAUCGCAGCUGCACCGGCCGCCUGCGCACAGCUAAUGCUGAAGCUGCCUCCACGAUGGCUAACAUGGAGAAAAACACGCGGGAGCUGAUGGUGAGCCAAGCCGAAUUUGGCUGCUUGAAGAGAGCUUUCGCAUUAAAGAUGGCCAGUCUCAAACUUCAGUUGCUCGAAGCGCAGAAAAAGUCCAGCAGCGAUGUGGCCAGUUUCGAACGUCAGUUGCUCGAAGUGCAGGAAAAAUCCAGCAGCGAUGUUGCCAGUCUCGAGCGUCAGUUGCUCGAAGUGCAGGAAAAGUCCAGCAGCGAUGUGGCCAGACUCGAGCGUCAGUUGCUCGAAGUGCAGGAAAAGUCCAGCAGCGAUGACCAGUCGGCGGUCACAAUUGCAAAGAAGGUGACGGUAAUUCAGGGAGCACACCGAGCGGCACCCAGAGGCGGCGUUCUCAUCACCACGUGCAAGUUCGCCGGCAUUUACUCAGAUAUCGGCUCGCUGAAAGAGAAGGGGAAAGAACUCAGGAUAUCAACCGAUACAUACACGCUCGGAGGUUACACCUUCAAGCUGGAGUGUAGGUUCACCAAGGAUGGGAACAUCGUGAACGUUGCUUUUGCUCUCUUUUUGCGCGACGGCGAAUGGGACAGCUACGUGGAUUGGCCCUUCAGCAAGAAGGUGACCUUAGUCAUCAUGCGCCCCAGGAAUCCAGCAAAAGACAUCCGCUUGCACACGAACAUGAAGGAACACGAUAUAGUGAAGCAACCGGAUCCCGACUCUUGGAACUGCAGCCGCUUCACGGAUAAGAUCAACUGGAAGGACAUUGAACUGCAAGGGUACGUCGACAGAGGUGCCCUCUAUGUAAACGUUGAGUUCGAGUAA